UAUUUACAAGAAGCUAGAUUAUUUAAUUCAUUAUCUAUUGAUAUUGAGGUGCGAGGAAGCUUCAUUGGUCUUCACUGUAUCCAUAUCUUUCAGUUAUUUGUAAAUCAGGACCUGUUCAAGCUAACUGGUGUGAUUUAGUCAUACCAUGGGUGCUAUUUUGUCACGAUUCAAUUCACAUAAAGAUGAGAAAUCUACAACAACUUCAAAUUCAACUUCCAUACGUAAACGUUGGAGCUGGAGGUCGAAUAAAAAACCAGCUGAUGUUGGUGGUACCACAGUGAACCGAUCAAGUACUAUGCCGACAAGAACUAGAUUGCAACCAACCGAAGAAAUUCCUGAAGACAGAAAGCAUGAAGAGAUUUUUGAUAAUGAACAUGAUGAAAAGAGUUAUUCUAACUCUGUAGUUAAACCAAAUCAAAAUGAUCAUAGUUUACAACAUUCAAGUGAACAACAGGAACAAUAUGAUGUAAAAUGCACUAGCAAAACCACCCUUUGUGAAGUAUCGGGUAAAGAUGAGAAGCAGCCAAUUCAAACUUCAUCCAUUGAUAAAGUAACGAGGACGAUCUCUACGGAAGAAGCUGAAUUAUUAAUUGAUCGUGUUUUAUCAAAUCGGGAAAAUAUUGACCCUCAUGAAACUAUAACUGUAUCAGAAACAAAUAGUUCUCUUACUCAUGAUAAUCCGAAUUUCAAUCACACUGAAGAUCUAAUAGCUAAUAAACAACAACUACAAGGAACAAUAAACCACUCAAUUCCUGAUUCAGAUCUAGUGGUGGACCAGCAGAAAUUUGCUCAAGAUCAAAAUAAAUUAGUUGAUGAUACUAAGCAUCAUUUUGAAAAUAAAAUCGAUUUAUUCAAAAAAGAUAGUUUCCACUCUGAAAUACCUCAAGAAGAUAUAGUACUAGAAAAAAAUCCAACAGUACCUAUUCUCUCACAAGAGAUAGAAGAGUUUAUGCAUCAGAAUAUCCAAAAACAUGACAGUACUGAAAGACUAGAUUUUGAAAAUAAUUCCGUAGAACAACGAGGUGAAGAAAAUCUAUAUAAUGAGAAUUUCAACCAUAAGGAAGAAAUGAAACCCUCACCACUGAUAUGCGAUUUAAUCCAUGAGCAGGUCGUGGGAAGUGAAUGUUUAACUGAACCUAGUGCAUUGCACAAUCUAUCUAAUAAUGAAGAACUUCCUACUUCAGAACCUACUGAUACAAACAACAAAAUAAAUUUUGAUGAAAAUUCGAAUAUAUCAAAUAAUGUAAUUUCAGGACUUAAUGAACAAACAAAUGUAUUCGAGGAAACUAUGGAGAAAGAGUUCAAUGCAAGUAUAAUCAAUCCAGAUGAAACACAAAGUUUGUCAACUAAUAAUCCACCUAUUAAAUUAGAUGAAGACAUGUAUAUUGAACAAACUGAGAAUAUCUCAUCUUCUGAAAACGUAGAACAUGCGAUACCAACUGAUGAAGAGGUAAUACAGGAUGAGUCAGUCAAGUGCUAUUCUCAACCAGGUUUAGAAUUUAAUCCAGUUCACAGUGUUUCUCCAGUUAAUACGGAAUCUAUUGAUCUAGAUGAAGACAUGCACGCUGAACAAACUGAGAAGACUUCACUAAUCGAACAUGAUGUAAAUAAUGAUAUGUCUCUUGAGGGAUCAAUCCGCACAGAUGCAGUGGACAGGUUAGCUGAACCAGGUAUGGAAUAUAAUUACUUGUCAAAUGAGUCACAUUUUACUCCCGGAUUAGUGUUUGGUGAAGAAACCACUAAAAAUACUGACGCUGAACAACAUACUGAAGAUCUGAAUAUAGGUAUUCAUCAUGAACAAAUAAAUGACACUGAAACCAUGAUUACACUUGAAGAAUCAGUUGAUAAACUACAAAAUUCACAAAACUCAACUUAUAUAAAUGAUUAUAAUGAUCAACAUCAAAAUUCUGAAUUAUCAUACCAUGAAAAUCAGACUGAUAGUCCACUUAAUUCAGAUAUCACUGAUGUAAUCACUUCGGAAAAUAUACACACUAAUUUAAUAAAUGCGAAUAAUGUACCACAAAAACAGGAUGUGUUCGAUUCAAUGUCAGUGAAUGAUGACAAUGAUAUCACUAGGAAUUUAGAAAAUUCUAAAAAUAUAAAAAAUCAUGAAUUCGAAGAUGAAGCUGAGUCUUUGGUUCAAUCUGUUUUAAACACUGCAAAAGAAUAUGUUUUCAAUGAGAAUAAUUUUGAAAGCCAUCACAAUAUUAAUCCCACUGAUACAAAUAUGUUAACAAUUAGUAAUGAUAAUGAUAAUCUUAAUAAUAAAGAUGGUGAUACUAAUGAAGACGAUACUAUUGAUAUAAAACAAGAUAUGACAAUGAAAACAUCAAUGGAAUUCGACCAUUCAAACGUGUCUGAAUUAAAUAACCAAUUUUUGAACAACACAAAUGAUUUUUCUAUCGCUUAAUCACAAUAUGAUACACAUCUUUUGUCAUAAUAUUAUUUGUAUACACAUUAAAAGAAACAAACAGAAACAUACAUGUGUAUGUAUGUUUAUUCAUUAUUCAAGUCUUUUCACAUUUAGUAAGUUCCAUCAUUAUAAUUGACAUCAUAACGUAAGUUAGAUCAAUGAAUAUGACUGACUAAUAUAUAUAUAUAUAUAUAUAUAUAUAUAUA